AUUAGUCCAAGAGCAGUCGUUCCAAAGUUAGUUCUUGCACUUGCGGUUUCGAUUUAAGAUGCGUUACUACACAUAUCUUCUCUAGUGUAGGUAUUGAGGGGGUACGUGACCGAGUAAGCUUGCCUGUCAGUCUUCGUCCAGGGUGCACAUGUCCCACAAGCGUGGUACAACAUGGCCACCGAAGCAGAGAAGAGACCUGUCCUGGAAAUGGUCCAGGCUGACGGCGCCGAUGAGGGCUGUGUGACGUUUGUGAUGCACCAUGAAGACCACACGCUGGGGAAUUCUUUGCGUUACAUGAUCAUGAAAACAGUGGAUGUGGAGUUUUGUGGCUACACUAUCACGCAUCCAUCUGAGAGCAAGAUCAACUUUCGCGUUCAGACGAGAGGUGGGAUUCCAGCCACUGAGGUGCUGAGGAGGGGUCUGAAUGAGCUCAGCGACGUUUGUCAACAUGUUCUGAACACCUUCCAGGCCAGAGUUGAUGAGUUCAAGGAACAGCAGGAGCGGCCCAUGGAGUGAGCUGCGCGCCAGUGGAACCGUCACACAGGAGGGAUUGGCUGAUGUCUUUUUCUAUUUCUUGUAUGAGUGAAAAAGGAAUGUCUUGAGCUUGUUGGAAUGAGAAUAAAGUGUGAGACCCAGGCAAAUGGCGGCGGUUUGCUUCACGGUUCAGGUGAGUCACCCAACAGGUGGUGGGAGCAAGUCUCUCCUAAACUGGCCUGACUUGAUGCAUUUCCCAAACCAUGAAGUUGCCAGAGCCUAAUGGCUGUUGUUGGCUCUUUGAAGGCGUUUGUUUGACGUGUGCAAGCGCCAGCAGAAAGGUCCUCAUUAGCAGUGGAAUGCGGUGAAGCCUCACCGGCUGUCAGCGAGACGUUGAAGAAGGAGGUCGAGUGUGAACUCCUCUGGUGUUAUUCAUAUCCCUGCGUCACUUCUGCACUGGGCUGGUUCUCUCUUCAAGAAAAACAGCUUUCAAAACCGAUACUAAUCGCAGAACGAAAGGAUGUGGAGGCUUUCAUACCUCUGCUCUUCCUCUUGACCAAAUCCGAGCUGACGCUGGCUGAGAGACAAGAUACACAGACCCACUUGCCUCAAUGUAUAACUUGCAGUUUGACAUGAACCAGCGCUCAAGUUUUGACUUGGGGGCUUACGUGUCUCCUGGUGAACUCCUGUAAAACGUUCUCUCUGGGAGGAAAGGUCAACCUGAGAAGCAGGUGGAAGGGAUUAUUUCAUCACAAAGGGCUGUGAGUUAAGUCUUCACAUGAAUCACAGUGGGUUAGAUAAAGUGCCUAAGAAGAAGAAGCAUUCCUCACCACGAGGAUCUAAACCUUGAACGACAGCUUCAGCUUGGGUAUGAACUUCACCUUGACCUCCACCACUCAUGAGACGCAGGAAGCAGUGUGGCGCCCAUGAGCUGGAGCCACAUCUGUCUCACCAGCCUUGGGAUUUGUGAGGUGGAAUUUCCAUCAUUGAAUCUUUAUGCAUGGAAUUCAUUCACACCAGCCGAGCACAAUUUAAUACAUGGACUCAAUGCAUUAUCAUAGGAAACAUGUUGUGCUUUUAAGUUGGUCGAUGUGAAUUGGAUAAUGUACAAAUCUAGAUGCGCUUGUUCCCGUGCUGGGGCCGCACUUCACUUGAGCCUUCUUGAUUGAGAGGCGGUCACACCGACGGACGGUUCAGAGCAGCGCUCCACUCACCCCUGUGUUUUGGGCUGUGGGAGCGAUCCGCACCCCCAGAUUCUUGUGGUCAUGAUUUGAAGGCAGUAUAUUCUGGGUUUAUGUUGGACAGGCCUAAGCUACGCCCAUUCUCAAUCCACCUGAUUCUCACUCGUGACCCUUCCUUUCACCGUCCUUCAGAAGGUGUGCAGCCUGGGACCUGGUCUCAUAAAGACCACCAAACAUCAAUUUUGCUGUUGGCAGGCUCAGACCUUCUUCCAGACCCAAGAGGACGUGCAUGCAUAUAUCUCUCCUGGGCGUCAUGUAGCCAGUUUCUACAAGUCACAUGAUUUUGGUGCAGAGUUGUGGCUGAUUGUGUUGACAUGUUGGCGACCUAAUGGAGGGGAAGUUCAUGAGCGGGUCAUUUUGCGCUGCGCAGGGAAAGAGUGAACGCACUGACCUCCUGGCAAAGGAAUCCUCAUCUGGUGAUGAGUUGAAGCAACUUUAUCUUCACGAUAGCUUGAUGCACUGCGAGUCGGAUGAAGCCCAAAACUCCCCACGACAGAGAGGAGGGCCACCAACUGAGCUCUCACAGGACGAGAAGUAUUUCUCCAACAUUUCCAGUCAGAUUUCUUUUCUUGCACUCUCCACAGUCCCAGCUCUUGUCCGUGGCUUGGAUUUGAUCCCUGACGCUGCUGGUUUCUCCGCAGCACACCCCCGCCCUGCAUGUGCCUCACCAUGUCUUUCAUUUCAGCUGGAACCACAUCUUCAGUGAAGGAAAAGACAAAGUGUUUCAUCCCACACGGGAGGUUUGCCCCAGCUGCGGGGGGGAUGGUUCCGAUGUCUUCAUCAGUUGGUCAUCUGUAUUGUAUAUGGCAUGUGUGUCUGCUUUAUUUACUGGAAAAUAUGAAGCUUCGCUCUAUAAAACCGCGCUGAUAUAGUGAGUCACGUCGUCCAGCCAUGUGGUUGUCACUGGAUGUAGACAAUGUGGGUUUCAUGCACCAAAGGUUGUGUACCAUAACAAGAUCAGCUGCUCUCAAACGCUUCGGGCAAACUGAAGGGAAAAAAGCCCACUCAAUAACGACCAGUCAAACUAAUCUGAUUGAUUAGAACAAGGUUCCACUUUGUUCCCCUGGUCUUUUCUGACUGAUAAAAUCCAGCGGCAUAUUCAUUGCUGCACUGUGCUAACAGCUGACUGGCUUUUAAUAACUUCCCCGGGUGUAUUAAGCUGGUCAACCUGGACGUGGCUCUCUGGCAUUAGCUCUCAGUGGGUUUCAUGAGAUGGGCAAAAAUACCUUGAUAAAAUAGUCGGCCCACAUCAGCGUCCAGGGGUCGCCACAGUGAGGAGUGCUUCAUCUUCGCUUGUCCUCAUCAUCCUCCCUUGUCAUGACCACAUUCUUCGCCCCUCCCUCCUCUCCUUCACUUCAUCUUCUAAACAGUUGCCCCUUCGUCUCUGACACGUCUAAACAUCAUGGCAGCCAUCACAACUGUCCGUACCUUUUACCCUUGACACCACUCUCUACUUGCUCCACCCCUCCUGAACUCUCUUCUUCACCACCCUCAUCAUAAAGAAUGAUCUCGACAGUCCUUUCUCUUGUGCAGAAACCGUUUUACCAUUUUGCAAGGUCGGUUUUUCCACACUUAAGAGCAACUGCUGUAUCGUAGCAUCCUCCUGAGGAGCUUUGUGGUCCAUGAGAGCACCAACGUUCAAAACAGCUGCUUCACAUUCAAAUGAAAAGGUCUGCUGAAUACAAAGUUGUCAGUCGUGUGGGUGUGUUAUUGAUUCAUUGUUGAGUUGGCUGAAGUUCUCCUCUUGUUUUUUAUCGUGUUCAAUUCAGCUGGGGUGCUUCAUCCAGAACAAUGGACGCAGGGCAACAAAGGUCAAGUGAGGGCAGGGUGGAAGGGAAGACGGUCGUGAUGCCUGCUUCUUCUUCACCAGGGCCAAAUCGGGCUCGCUUCAUGUCUUUUAAAUGUGGAUUCUGGUUUCAAAAUGAGAGAACAACAACAACGGCAUCUUGGGCCACGUGAACAUCAAAUGCAACAUUUUGGUGAAAAAUUGGUCCUGACACAAUGACUACUGACUCAAACUGAGAAGAGGUGUCAUUUUUCCCAGACUCCUAGGAUGACUGAAAAACAAUCCUGGCACCAUGUGAAAAUCAACAAAAGAGGAGAAAUU